UUCUAUUAAGCUUUGGCUUCUCCAAGGUUUUCACCAGAAACCAUUACCCACAGUACCGAGAACAAUGGAGAGGCCCUUAGGCUGUUUCCUUCUUGUUUUCUCCACGGUGGUUCUCACCGUUAUCGUCCCCUCCAUGGCCGCCCUCUCCGACGAGGAGGCCUCCUUUAUCGCUCGACGCCAGCUACUGGCAUUAGGCGAGAAUGGGGAUCUCCCCGAAGAUAUUGAGUACGAGGUCGACGAGAAUCUCACGUUCGCUAAUUCCCGCUUGAAGAGGGCUUACAUCGCUCUCCAGACGUGGAAGAAGGCGAUGUAUUCUGACCCUUUUAACACCACGGUUAACUGGGUCGGUCCUUACGUAUGUGCCUACACUGGGGUCUUCUGUGCAUCUGCACUUGAUGACGCUAGUAUCACCGUCGUGGCUGGGAUCGACCUCAAUCACGCGGAUAUAGCCGGGUACUUACCUCCCGAGCUAGGGUUGAUGACUGAUGUCGCGUUAUUUCACAUUAACUCCAACCGGUUCUGUGGGAUCAUCCCGAAGAGUCUCUCGAAAUUGACAUUGAUGUACGAAUUUGACAUCAGCAAUAAUCGUUUCGUCGGUCCGUUCCCAACUGUUACCCUCUCGUGGCCGGCUUUGAAGUAUCUAGACAUCAGAUACAAUGAUUUCGAAGGAAAAUUACCGGAAGAGGUAUUCGACAAGGAUCUCGACGCCAUUUUCUUGAACAACAACAGGUUUGAAUCGACAAUCCCUAAUACGAUUGGGAAAUCGACUGCGUCCGUCGUGACAUUCGCUCACAACAAGUUUAGUGGGUGCAUUCCAAAGACGAUCGGAAAGAUGAAGAAUCUAAACGAGAUCGUCUUCAUCGGGAACAAUCUCAGCGGUUGUUUCCCAUCCGAGAUAGGAUUAUUGAACAACGUCACAGUCUUCGAUGCGAGCAAUAAUGGAUUCUUCGGAAUUUUACCGUCGAGCUUGUCGGGUUUAGCAAACGUGGAACAGCUCGAUUUCUCAGGCAAUAAGCUCACAGGAUUUGUCGGCGAAAACAUCUGCAAGUUACCCAAAUUGGUCAACUUCACGUUUUCAUACAAUUUCUUCAACGGAGAAAGCCAGGCUUGUGUUCCGGGGACAAGCAACGAGAAAGUAUUCGAUGAUACAAGCAAUUGUUUACAAAAUAGACCGAAACAGAAAUCUGCUAAAGAAUGCUUACCGGUUUUGAGUCAUCCAGUGGAUUGCAGUAAAGACAAAUGUGCUGGUGGCGGUGGUGGUAGUGACGGUGGUGGUUCAGGUCAGAAGUCUGCGGUUAAUCCAUCGCCAAAGCCAUCUCCUUCCCAUCAACCGGAUCCACCAAAGAUGUCGAAGCCUGAGCCUGAAGUAAGUCCGCCGAAACCUGAACCAUCGAAAAUCAAAGAACCAUCACCCAAACCUAAGCCAUCUAAGCCAGAUGAGUCUUCGAAGCCAGAGCCGCCGACAUUGCCAAAACCUAAAAUACCUAAACCCGAACUUCCUAAACCCGAUGAGUCACCCAAACCUGAAAUUCCUAAGCUAGAAACACCAAAACUCGAGCCACCAAAAAUACCAAAACCCGAAACUCCUAAACCAGAAACAUCGAAACCCAAGCCAUCAAAAACACCAAAACCCGAAACUCCUAAGUCAGAAACACCAAAACCUGAGCCACCAAAAACACCAAAACCCGAAACUCCUAAACCAGAAACACCAAAACAUGAGCCACCAAAAACACCGGAACCCAAAACUCCUAAGCCAGAAACACCCAAAACCGAGCCACCAAAAGCACCCACACCUGAAACUCCCAAGCCAGAAACAUCAAACCCUAAGCCACCAAAGUUACCACAACCGCCUAAAUCAAAUGAGUCACCCAAGCCUGAGCCUCCAAAACCCGAAACUCCUAAGCUAGAACCACCUAAACCCGAGGACUCGCCACCAAAAUCACCACAACCGCCUAAAUAUGAGGAGUCACCCAAGCCCGAGCCCUCAAAAUCAACAAAACCUGAAACUCCAAAGCCAGAACCACCCAAACCCGAGGACUCUCCAAAGCCAAAACCUCCAAAACCAGUGGAAUCUCUUGAGCCAAAACCACCAAAACCUGGGGAUUCAGACUUGUCCAAGUCAGAGCCACCAAAACAAGAACAACCGCCAAAACCAGAGCCACCUAUGCGUGAAGGACCACCAAAGUCUAAGACACCACAACCGAUUUCCCCUCCGGAGGAGUCACCGAUACCUGAAGACCCAUAUGACGCUUCUCCCGUCAGAAAACGUCGUCCUCCCCCACCGCCAAGAGUAGAAACAAACUCCCCACCUCCUCAACUACCCCUGCAAUCUCCUCCUCCACCACCGACCCCCGUGUUUUCUCCACCGCCAACGGUUUACUCCCCACGACCUCCAGUUCACUCUCCUCCACCACCGCCAGUCUAUUCACCACCUCCACCAAUCCACUCACCACCACCUCCGCCAGUCUACUCUCCUCCUCCACUACCGGUUCACUCGCCGCCUCCUCUGAUCUACUCCCCACGACCGCCCGUCUACUCUCCCCCUUCACCAAUUUACUCACCGUCGCCAGCACCAAUAGCUGCGCAACCACCUUCAGUAGAAUCUCCAACACCAUCAUCAUCACCAGUUCAAGAACCAAUUCAAUCAUCGACACCAGUUCAAGCACCAUCUGUGUACUCGGCGUAUAACCAAGCACCGACCCCAUCGCCCGAAAUCUUUAAUGCCCCUGAACCUGUACCAGUUCAAGCUCCCACACCAGUUUCUGAACCAGUUCAGGCCUCCACACCAAGUUCUGAACCUGGACAAGCCCCUACACCAUCAUUUGAACAACAUCAGACUCCGACCCCACCAUCACCAACCACAUCUUCUCCAUCUUUGGCACCUGAUGCAAAUGCACCAACACCAGGAGCCAAUGAUGGUGGUUAUGAUGAUGACUUCAUACUCCCACCGAACAUUGGAUUCCAAUAUGCAUCGCCACCGCCACCGAUCUUCCCUGGCUAUUAAACCAAUAUAGUUUGCCCCUUCCACACGCAUGAGACCUAAAAAUUUUCCAGCUAACUGGUCUGUUACAAAAACAACAAAAAAAACAAGUAAAUGACAUUUAUAUUUGAGCAUUGUAAGUAGUUGAUGCUUAGAAGUAAAUUUGAACAUAUUUUCGUAAUGACAACAUAUAUAUAUGGGUAUUCUUUGUUCUAGUGUGAACCGUAUUCUUUGUGUUUCAUUUUUAUUUUGUAUUUCAGCCGCUUUUGAACUCACCUUUGUCUCAAAGUUCGUAUUUC